GCCCGUUUCACAGCCGUUGUCUCCGUGAAGCCUCAGGAGGGGUGACCUGCUGGGGGUGAGCAUGCCCCCCACAGGCGGGGCAAUGUCUUUGCCGUUUUCCACUAAGACACCCAGCUAGCGGACCGGUCCAGGGGGUGAUAUUUUCUACUUCUCCCUGGCCGGGGACAGCCACGAUCCUUCCCCCGAGGGCUGCUGGCCCAUGCUGGCGGCGCUACGCCCUAGGGAGCUUCCGCGCGCCGCGCAGCAGGAGGCGCCGGGCGCCCGCUGCUGGGCUGGGGGAGAAGCCGGGCCGCUGCCCUCACCCAAGAUGGCGGCCGCGGCUCAGGCGGGCGGGCCGGUCACCUGUUGAGGUGGAGGCAGCGCGGCGCCUCAUUGGCUCCGGCUGCCCCGGGCCGCGGUGCCUGCGCGGCGGGGAAAGGGUUAACGCCGGGGCCGCGGGCGGAGGCGGCGCCGUCAACCGAGGAGGAGCCCGCAGCGCCGCCGCCGCCGCGCAGCCCGGCUGGGCCGGGACAGGGGCCCCGCGACCGCCCCAUGGAGAGCGAGGGCGCCGGCUGCAGCCGCUUGCCCGGCGCGGCGGGUGGGAGGGGCCCGGCCGGCAGCGAGCUGGAGCCGCAGCCGCCCGGGGAGGAGGCGCCGCCGGAGGCCGAGUCCGACUGGAGCUUCAUCGACUGCGAGAUGGAGGCGGUAGCGCUGCGGGACCUGCCCACCGCCACCAUCGCCUGCAACCUGGACCCGCGCCUCUUCGAGGACAGCCUGUGCCGGGAAAGUUUCUUGCUCCCUCUGACUGGAAAAUUAGAGAUGCUCAAAGAGGUUUCUUGUAUGACUAAAAUGUUGAUGAUUUGGUUCGAGUAUUCAGGAAACCCAUUUACACAGGCCAAAUUUGAAUCUCUCUUUAGAACAUAUGACAAAGAUAUCACCUUUCAGUAUUUUAAGAGCUUCAAAAGAGUACGAAUAAACUUCAGCAACCCUUUGUCAGCCGCAGAUGCUAGAAUCCAGCUACAUAAGACAGAAUUUCUUGGAAAGGAAAUAAAACUGUAUUUUGCUCAGACUUUGCACAUUGGAAGCUCGCAUUUGGCUCCACCAAAACCAGACAAACAGUUUUUGAUUUCACCUCCAGCCUCUCCUCCUGUUGGUUGGAAACAAGUAGAAGAUGCUACGCCAGUCAUUAACUAUGACCUUCUCUAUGCUAUCUCCAAGCUAGGGCCAGGAGAAAAGUAUGAACUCCAUGCUGCAACUGACACUACUCCCAGUGUUGUUGUCCACGUAUGUGAGAGUGACCAGGAAAAUGAAGUGGAGGAGGAAGAGGAAGGCAUGAAGAAACCCAAACCAAAAAUUAUUCAGACAAGAAGGCCGGAGUAUACUUCUACUCAUUUAAGUUGAAGUGGUUCUAACUUUCAAGGGUUUCAAGUAGACGUAUACAAGAAAAAUGCUUACUAUGGAAGUGUCAGGUUACAGGUUUGGUGGCAGUGGCUGCAGCAAUAGUAGGAGAAAUUCCAAUGUAAUUUAACUCAGAAAAACACUGGAAGUUUCCUCAUUGUUUUUAAUGCUGCACAUUGGUUAAUAUGUAUGGAACCGAAAAUAAACUUCCAGAUCAGAGUUAGGGUGAUCAGAAAAAGGCAUUUUGAGAAACCUUCCUUUUUAAGGAAUCCUAGGCUGCUUCAUUAUAAAACAGAUGGGGAAAGCUUUCUUUGUUCUAUCUCACAUGAUACGCCUCUAAUUCAUAGGCUAGACAUAUGUGAAGUACAUGUGAUAUUGAGAUGGUUUAAAGAUAUGGGAAUUGUAAACAUUUUUCUUAGGUUGUUUUGUGCAUGUUGUUUACUGAUGUUCAAAAAUAACUUUGCGUUAUUUUCUAUAUAGUUUCUCACUUCACGCUUUUUGAAAUCUGGGAAGUUGUCUUCAAUGCUUAUCUCUCAGCAUCCUGGGUCUCUUACUGUAUGUAUGUUUUAUUGGUACCCAGUUUCCAGUGGACAUACAAUUUAUGUAGCACCUUAUUUUGGUGCAAUAUAAUUUGUGCUUUUAAAAUUUUAAUCUGUUAUUAAAUGCUUAUGUGGGAUUUUGUCUAGCAAAGUUAUGGAAAAAACUGUGCAAUAGGAAAAUUGUUCAAGUAAGUGGAUUUUAAGUUAUUUAAACGUUAAGUUAUACGUUUUUAAGUAAUGCUGGUUCAAUUAUUUUGAUUUUCUCCUUUUGAAAAACAAAAUUCUUAAACAUGUAAAUAAAGCUAGUACUGUAUAUUCACAGCAGUGUACAGUUUUCAGUGAGAAGUAUGGCAAGGGAAGAAAACCUGAGCUGUAUUACUUUUUACAUUAACUUGUACAUUGUAGCUGGUGCAGUUACACAUUUUAACAGUGAUUCAACACACAUGAUGUGAAAUAGAUGACAGAUGUGUGGUAUGUUUAAGCGGGAUGGAGUGCCUUUUCCCCAUUCAUUUGUGAUGGGAUUGUUAUACUAGUUGAACACUUGUAUUUUUUCUACUGGCUAUGUCCGUCCAAUAUGUAUUCUCUUUUGGCUUUGUUUCCAAAACAGGCUGGCAUUUAGAAAUGCUUAGUACCAAGUAAUAAUGCAUGCUUUAUCAGUUCAGGUGAUGGCUUGCUGUGGGAACAGACAGUCUUUCAUUCUGUUUGGUUUGAGUACUGUUUUAAGGACAGUGACGAAUGAUGUACAAGUUUUCUGUCAUGUUUACAUAACAAACAAAUACAUGCUGUACCAGUUCAAGUGUUUCCAAGAAUCUGCUUUUAAAAUGGAGAUUCUGACUUUGAAAUAUUUUAAUACUUUUUUAAAAUAUACUAAUAUAUUGACAAAAUAUACUGUUGGAGGAGGACAUGUUUCUCUUUUAGAAGGAGAGGUAUUUUGGGGGUUCAGACAUCUUUUUAGAAAUAAAGACCCUGAUCCUCUUUUUGAAGUCAGUGGGAACUUUGCCAUUAGCUUCAUUAGUAGUAAGACUAGGCUUGGGAUCAGCAUUGUAGCUGUUGUUGCAUUAAAAUGAAAUGCAUUAUGGUGUGCCAUUUGUAGUUAAUGUUGACUUGGAGGCCCAACAUAAUACACUUUUGGGUAGAAAUAGGCAAAUAUUAUAAAGAAUACAAUACUGUAUGUACCGAUGAAUUUGUACAAUCAUUCCAACUGAUAAUACAGUACAUACUCCACACCACUAAAAGCCUACCAUUGUGCUGACCAAGACACACAAUAUUAUUGUGACCAAAGAGAACAGAAACCUGUUAAACCUCAGUAAUCGUCUGGAGUUGUAGGGCCCUAUUCUGAUGGAUUAGAUUUACAGUAAGCAUGCAUGCACACAGACUGAUGCUGAGUUUUGGUUCCUAUCUGUGACAGAGAGAGAGAGAGAUGCUCUCCCUGUGUAUGUUAUGCUGUUUGAUACCAAGUUUGCAGGUGUAGAAUGUCACCCAGCAUAGCUUUAGGUCAGGCUGUGUUUUACUGCUGCACAUGAGCUACUUUUCUGUUACUGAAGUGUAAACAUCAGACUGCAAUGCAUGACAUUCUUUGUUCUUUUUAUUUUUAAGUGCAGGAUACAAUGACCAAACUAGAGAAACAUCGAAGCACACAAAUGUCUCUAGUAUAGCUUUCUAAGGCUUCCCAUGUAGCCAAAGACACUGCUGCUAAAUUUGAUGCAGAUGUUUUAUAUUUGCCCUUCAUUCAGCACAAAACCUUUGGCCUAAUUUCUGUAGCAUUCUCUUCCAUCUCCUCUUCUGCUGCCAGCAUAGACCCUGAACACUGGGUGCUGUUACUGUUGCUUCUAUGGGACUGCCAAGAUGCAUCAAUUAUCUUCAAUAGAGAAGAGAAUGUAAAACAAACAGUGACAUGAUUUUGAAUGUUGGUACACAUUGAGACAUUCUGCAUGAUGGAGGUUGAAGGUAGUCAUUCAGAUUCAGAACUAUGAAUGAUUUGGGCUGGCUGCAGUUUCUGCCACUCUCAACUGUAUUUGUGAACAUGGAUUACUGGACGGUAACUGCCCAUCUUGCUGUCCGCCCCCAGUUUGUGUAUCUUGGCCGAUGUCUGUUCUCUUAGCACCAAUGUGGUGUAUGGAUCACUCUGUUUCUGUAUGAAAAUAACAGCUGUUCUGUUAAGACAAACUGGUAUUUUAUAAGAUUGUAUAGUAUGGGACAUAUUUAAAUUAAAAUAUUUGGAUUGUCUACUUAUAAA